AUGCCGGUUUUAACACAUACCGCACUGUUCGUUGACAGUAACACACCAAAAGUGAGGAUUGAUGACUUUAAUGAUAAGAUUCAGGACAAGGAGCAUUAUAAAGAAUUAUACAGCUUUAAGGAUAAAAAGGGAAGAAACCUGUCCCUGAGAGGAGAUAUCACUCCACAAUUUAUGAACCUGUUAACAUCGUACUACAGUAAUAAAAAACUUCAAUCGCAAAACAUAUAUAAGUGGUAUACAAUCGCAGACUGCUGGCGCUAUGAGCGUCCAGGGCUUGGAAGGAGGAGAAAUCACCAACAAUGGAACGCAGAUAUAGUUGGUAAGCCCUUUACUUCGCAAGUUCUUUUAGGAAUCAGUGACAUUCAAGUAGAAGUGGAAUUAAUUUCAAUGCUGAUCCACUUUUUUAAAUCUGUUGGAUUAUCUUAUGAAGAUGUUGUAAUAUCGCUAAAUCAUAGAAAUACUAUACCUGGAAUCUUAGCCUUAUUAGGAUUUUCAAAUUAUUCCACAGAUUGGAUUUACCAGUUUUCCAAAACCUUGGAUAAGUGUAAAAAGAUUCCAAAGGACGAGUUCAACGAACUCUUACUUGAUCUUAAAUUCACUCCAGAUCAAUGUUCUGAGUUGGAUAAAAUCAUUGAAAACUCAAAGACCGUAGAGGAACUUGAAGGAAUAUUUAACCCUGAAGAUAUUCGAGAAUUAAAGCAAUUGGUUGAUUUAUUGGCUGAGAAAGGAUACUCUAAUUGGAUUAACAUAGAUUUAACAAUUGUCAGGGGAAAUGAUUAUUAUACUGGUUUGGUGUUCGAGUGUUUUGAUCGCAAUCAGAUGCAUUCGAGGUCAAUUGCAGGCGGUGGAAGAUAUGACAAUUAUUUUAACAACUGUGAUCCGAGACUUACGUAUUCCGCUGGGUUUGGGAUGGGCAAUAUCGCAAUUAUGGAUUUAAUUAAACAAAAGGGUUUAAAUGUGAAAUCUGAGCAACUAAUUGAUGUACUGGUUUUUACACCAAAUUCCACCUCUAACAACUGUGAACAAAAGUUAGAAACUGACAGUGAUCAGAGCUUACUCUGUUCUAAGAAUCAGAGAAUGUGUUUAUAUAACCUUAUGGACUUGUUAAGGAGUAACGACUUGGUUAAGGCUCUUAAGUUUGGUGACAAUUGCAUGGCUAAAUUUGUUCUCAUGCCUCUUUUACGUGACGGGAACGAAUUCAUUGUUCUCAGGGAUAUGAAGACUGGACUACAGGUUAAAAAGUACCCAUAA